AUGGCGGCGGCAUCUGCGGCGGCAAAUGCGGCUCUGUCGACGCCCGUGUUCGUGUACGGCACGCUCAUGGCGGACGAGGUGCUCCGCGCGCUGCUCGACCGAGUUCCCGCCUCCGCGCCCGCGCGCCUGCCCAACUUCUCGCGGCACAGCAUCAAGGGGCGGCAAUACCCCGCAGUGGUUCCGAAAGCGCACGACUCCGUGAUGGGGAAGCUGCUCCUCAACCUCUCCCCGCCAGAAAUGAGCCUCUUUGACGCCUUUGAGGAUGUGGAGUAUGUGCGCUCCACCCAGUUAGUUACCCUACAAGGGGUAGUUACCCAGCCGAUUUCCCCACAAGGGUUAAUUACCCAGCCAGCUUCCGGGCAAGGGUUGACACGAGGGGAGGGAGACUCUCAGGCAGCGGAACAAAUUGAGCAGCUGCAAGCAGGGGAGGAGGCGAGCAAGGCGUUGGGGGGAGGAGGGGGGGGAGAGGGAGGAGAGGGAGAGAUGAAGGCGUUUGUGUAUGUGUGGGCGAAUAUAGAGGAUCCUGACCUCUAUGGGUCAUGGGAUUACGAGGUACGAGACUCUCUUCUUUUGCCUCCCCCCUUCCUCCCCUUCCCCAUUCUCCCCUGCCUGGCCGAAUGCAAAGGACGCUGA